AUUCAGACGUAAAAGCAAUAUGGUAAUGACGAGCCCGGUGUCAGCGAUUGCAAUUAUGAGGCAUUUCAAGCAGCUGAUGUCAGUCAGCUACGGAUCAACAUCUCCAAGAUUACUGGUCAAAGUGUUAGUAUUUCUCAGUAUUGCUCUACUGAGUGCAGCCAAUUCAGAUGAUGAAUGUACGAAGACUGAUUCAGAAUCUUCAUGUUGUGAUAUCAGCGCAGAGUUACGAGACAAAUGGUAUUUUUCUGGCGGCAACAAAACCAAUUUCUUGCGAAUACGCCAACGUGUUAUGGUCACCUACGAUUCAGCAAAUGGUAAAGUCAGAUACAAAUGUGAAGAAAAGAAAAAUAAUGUUUUCCUAAUCAGAAAGAAAGUGUAUCGCCCUAACAAAGACGGAGUGUUGUGUUUGGGUUUUUCCUACUCUCGAAACAACAACAACAAACCCGAAAAUACACUGGUUCGAUAUAAUAGUAUGAGACAAAGUUUCCAUAUCCUCAGUCCUGAACUGAUUCCACGUGAUCAACCUGUUAGCAUUGACACCCAAUGUGAUUUAUUGAAGACUGGUGGAACGAAGCCAACUGCUGCUCUCCAACGAUCAGCUCCUGGAUGUCGAAUCCCGACAGACCUUCGUGGUGAAUGGCGCUAUACUUUGAAAAUCGCCCGCCGACUUUUGGUUGAUGUGAAGUACAUUGGUCUGGUAUUGCUAAAUAAUACGGUGGUGCGGUUGAACUGUGAGAGUCGCGAUGGAAAUAUGUUUCUUUUUAGAGCGAAGAAUUUCGAUCCUGGAAGACACGAUGCGUUAAUCUGUUUGAAAGUGGAACGGUUAGAAUACGAUCCGCACUACGCAUAUAAAUUGUCACGUCUCAACAGUGGUAACGUUCUCCACAACCAGCUCAGAUUGAUAAACGUGAAUGAACCGCUGCAGCUUCAUAUACACUGUGACUGGAUUGAAAGUCCCGGCAUUGCAGAAUAUCUCUAUCCACUCUAGUGGCAAUCCACAUUGUGGUAAUAUCAGUAGUAGUAACAGUAAUAGUAGUGUUUGUAAUAGUUCAUCUGUUGCUUUUUUUUAACUCAAAACUUCUGCAGCGGGGAAUGAAACUCCCUUUUUCAUUUUUUAAAAAUUUGUUCUUGGAGUAAAUUAUCUGCCAAAGCAGAAAUGUUUUACCACAGUAAACCUAUACUGAGUUGUUACGGCUUGUAUCAAACCACGUCUAAUUUUAUUUCACUUUACUAUGUCUCACAUCUACCGCGGAUUUCCCUCUUUCUCUCUAUAAAUGUCUAUUUAUCUAUUUCUCCUUCUCUCUCUCUUUCUUCUCUCUUUUCUUAUUCCCUCUUAUCCCAGUGAUAGGAAUGGAUUUAAAGAAUUAUACAUAUACCCUCGGACUACUGACUCAUGGGUUGUGAGAUCAACUCCUAUUUUGAUGCGUUUUUUUGUGUCCAUGGCCAAGACACUAAAUUCUACUUUCCUCAGUUUACCUAGCUGUAGAACACCUGCCGAGUCUUCUGCAGAAAAUUGCAAUAGACAAGAGUGAGUCCAAACUAAAGGGCAGACAUAUCUCCUCUGCUGACCGCUACUGAACCCUCGAACAACCGCCCCUUUGAACCAAUAAAAAUUUGGCAAAAUACAUACAAAAUCUGUAUCCAAAAUAUAUGUUCUCGUAGACGAUCACAAGGAGAUCCAUCAGUGAUCACAGAAGAGACCCAAUGCAUGUAAUUGGUUUAAAUUUCUCACAAAAGAUGCAUAAUAAACAUUUUUACUGAUACAAGAAAACAAAAAUCUAGAAAUUGAGAAGUAAAUAAACGUUGUUCACCCGGUUAAUCUUCAUAUCCAUCACUGCUAAAAACUAACUUUGAAUGGCAUGUAUAUUUUAAUGUCACACCGGCCAUUUUGUUUCACAGAACUUUCUUUCUGAUUGAAUCUUUCUUUACAUAAGAUUAAACCUGUCUUUAUUCUGUAUUGAUAUUAAGUCUAUAAAAUAUUCUCAACUCUGUUUUAUUCAUA